AUGGCACAUGUAAGAGUCCAUACAGGUGAAAAACCAUAUUCGUGUGAAUAUUGCUCGAAGGUAUUUUCUUCCAAUUCAGUUUUAAAGACGCAUAGGAGAGUCCACACUGGCGAGAAACCUUAUACAUGUGAUCAUUGUUCCAAGUCAUUUUCUCUCCCUUCGACUCUUAAGAUACAUAAAAGAAUACACACUGGCGAAAGGCCAUAUUCGUGCGAACAUUGUUCGAAGGCAUUCACUCAAUCUUCACAUCUAAUGGCACACAUGAGUCUCCAUACUGGUGAAAAGCCGUAUUCGUGCAAACAGUGUUUGAAGGCAUUCACUCGAUCUUCACAUUUAAGGAAACACAUGAGAGUUCACACUGACGAAAAUCCUUUUUCAUGUGAGGUUUGUUCUAAGUCAUUUUCUAGACUUUCAGAUCUUAAGAUGCAUAAAAGAGUACACACUGGCGAAAAGCCAUAUUCGUGCGAACAUUGUUCGAAAGCAUUCACUCGAUCUUCACAUCUAUUGUCACACGUGAUUGUUCAUACUGGUGAAAAACCGUAUUCUUGUGAAUAUUGUUCAAGGGCAUUUUCUCGCCCUUCAAUUCUUAAGAUACAUAAAAGAGUACACACUGGCGAAAAGCCAUAUUCGUGCGAACAUUGUUCGAAGGCAUUCACUCAAUCUUCAAGUCUAAUGGCACACAUGAGUCUCCAUACUGGUGAAAAACCGUAUUCUUGUGAAUAUUGUUCAAGGGCAUUUUCUCGCCCUUCAAUUCUUAAGAUACAUAAAAGAGUACACACUGGCGAAAAGCCAUAUUCGUGCGAACAGUGUUCGAAGGCAUUCACUCAAUCUUCACAUCUAUAUGCACACAUGAGUCUCCAUUGUCCAAGUCUGAAUACUGGUGAAAAACCGUAUUCUUGUGAAUAUUGUUCAAGGGCAUUUUCUCGCCCUUCAAUUCUUGAGAUACAUAAAAGAGUACACACUGGCGAAAAGCCAUAUUCGUGCGAACAUUGUUCGAAAACAUUUUCUCGCCCUUCAACUCUUAAGAUACAUAAAAGAGUACACACUGGCGAAAAGCCAUAUUCGUGCGAACAUUGUUUGAAGGCAUUCACUCAAUCUUCAAGUCUAAUGGCACACAUGAGUCUCCAUACUGGUGAAAAACCCAACACUUAUACUGCUUGA